GGCAAGUCAAUGGUGGAAUCUUCUCGUCUGCUUCUUGAGGCUGCUUCUGUUUCCAUAUCGUGUAUUCUCUGAUGAUUUGGACUCACCGAUACCUUUGUUAACAUUUGUUUUUCUCAAAAGAUCUAACACGUCCUUCUGAAGCAAAAUGUCCGGGGUUGCUGCAUCAUUGCGAUCUCCUAAAACAGAGACUUUUAAUUUUGGUCCAUGGACGAUCACAUCAGUUAAGGGGCACAUUCUGAAGUCUGAUCAGCUUGAGAGGUACCAUCAGGAGCUGGAACUGCCCCAACUACCAGAGAUGGUGUUUGGGGACAAUGUGCUAAAGAUUGAGAAUUCUCAGGGGUUUGGUAUCGAGUUCAAUGCAUUUGACUCCAUGAAACAAGUUGAUGCUCACAAUGACCCCAUCAAGGUUGCUGCAGCACAGAAGUGGCAAGAGGCAAGGAGUGAUUGUGAAUUCAUCAACAAAGUUGUGAAGCCCUUUGAUUGGACGUAUACAACAGACUACAAGGGAACUCUACUUGGAAACCUUCAGGUUUCACAAUCGGAGCAAAAGAUAGACAUGGAGAAGCUGAAGGUACGGGAAAAGAUCCAUUUUUAUGAGGAGAUGACGCUGUUUGAAGAUGAGCUUGCAGAUAAUGGGAGUGCAUCACUUAUUGUUAAAAUGCGAGUCAUGCAGUCGUGUUUCUUCGUUCUGUUGAGAUUUUUUCUACGGGUGGAUGAUGUUCUUGUAAGAAUCAACGACACAAGAAUCUUUCAUGAGGCUGGGGAGAGUUACAUACUACGUGAAUUCAGCACAAGGGAAAAAGGGAUUCCAGAGCUGACGGUGGUACCAUCUCUUUACUCCAAUCCCACUGAGCUUGCGGAACAUUUAGAUAUCACAGUACAACAAUAUGAAAGGAUAGAUUUCCCGGUCAACAAUGCACAAACAUGACAUCUCUACAUGUAAAUAGUUUUUCUUCAAGGUGCAAAUUUUGAUUAAGAAGUGGAAGAAGUGGACUAACCUGUCUCUAUCCUGGGCCCAAUUUCAAUGACUGCGUAAGCACCAUUAAAGGCAGUGGACACUAUUGGUAAUUACUCAACAUA